AUGGAUGGUUUUGGCAAAAACGGGUUGAGCGCUGGUCCCCUAUCACAAUCGAACUUGAUGUUUCAAACAGCCGCUAAGCUCCUUGAGAUAGCUUCCCCGUCCCUAAAUUUGAACAAUUCUAUUUACUCUCUUCUUUCUGAGUUGAUUUCAAAGGGACGGGUUGAUCAGCUGUCUUCUCAGGAGGUAAAGAGUAGCGCAGACUCCACAUGGCCAUCCCCACAACAGUGCCAAAUUUUGUCCCAACUACAGGAAGCUGUGCAGCGGCAACAGUCCACAAGUGAAAAUUCUCAAUCAACAUCUACUUCUAACGGCACCGCGUCUACAUUAAAUGGUGAUGCUACAGUGAUCCCAUCCAGUGACCCUGAGAGGACGAAUACUUCAUCGGCUGGUGGUGAGCCAAAACUCAAAAGCAGUAAGCCACCUCAACAACAAGCAGUCGGGAGUAAGCUGAACUCACCAGUCGUCGAUAGCGUCGUUAAAGGUAACCAACAACAACGCUUUGUGGAACAGCAACAGGGACGUUCUAGGGCGACAGCGACAGGUGGACAGACUCAACAAACUUCAACUCAUGCAGCCGUUCCGAAAGCUCCUACUGUUAAGAAUUGUUGGGCAGAACGAGGUGCUGCUGCAAUAAUAAAAGCAGCGGCAGUAGCUAACGGUUGUCCACAAACCGCUACCCCGAAACCCCAAUCAACUCCUAUCGUAACACCGCAAAAAUCGAACGGAGCGCUGGAAGGUGCAAACGGGAAGAAAAAGAAUAAACAGAGUAAGCAAAGUCCCCCUGUACAAUCUAACGGAAACACCAAAAAAGUUGAUAAUAGCAAAAAGACGACCAAAUUAGUAAGCUCUGUAUCGAGAACACCUGAGAUGGAAUCCCUCAUUCAGUGGACUGAGCAAGCACUAAAGGGUGUUACAAUGUCUGUGCAACAUGUUGAUAUACCCACUCUAGUGGAAUGCCUCGUUAUGAUUGACGGUCCGUUUGAGGUUGAGCAUCUAAUCCUCGAUCAUGUUGAAAAUAAUUCUCGAACUCAACAAUUUGUACGCGAUUUCUUGGACCGUCGACACACUUGCUGGCAACAACACAAGAAACAGAAGGAGGAAGAAGCGAACCAGAAAAAGAGUCAGAAAAGCACAGAUAAUGUAGAAAAUAGUGGAUAUAUGGGAUCGACGAAGACUUAUCAGGAGGCUAAUGACUCUUCGCCGGAAAAUGCGUGGCGACAGAUUAAAUCGAAGGGCGGUAACGGUCGCCGGGGGAAGAAGGUGGGAAAAAAUCGUUAA